AUGUUCCGCGUCUUAGCUUUCGAGGAGGUUUUCAUCAUGUGCUGUUGCGAGUGGCAUGUAUCAAAUAUCUCAUCCGAUGGGACUGACUUCCCUCACCUUUCGCAUGCGGAUCCAGAUAUAAACGAGUGUCUGCAAAACAACGGUGGCUGCGGACGAAACUCUGACUGCUACAACCAGAUCGGAGCACCUCUGCUUUGCAAGUGUUGGGAAGGAUACGAUGGCAACAAUGACGAGCCACAAGCUGACUGCAUCGAUGUGGACGAGUGUUCGCAAGACGGUGUGGAGAAUCUGUGUCCGGAGAACGCCACAUGCGUCAACACUAUCGGGUCGUACCGAUGCACUUGCAAUUCGGGAUACGUGAUGGCCGACGAUAGCCGAUGCGAACUCGUGGAUCUCUGCUCAACGCAGACAAACGAGUGCGAUCCUUAUUUUGCCAACUGCAUCCAGACCGGCAGUACAGCGACGUGCCAGUGCAAGCCGUUCUUUACGGGAUCGGGAAAAGCCGGUGAUUGCAUACCCACUGCGGGGCAUGAGCACCUGGCCUGCGCACUGAGAGAGAUUACGUGCUCGCCGUACGAACAAUGCGUCCGGAACGUCGCUGCAGAAACGUACAGCUGUGAAAGCAAAGGGACAAUGCAGCAGCUGCAGGUGUUCUUCUCACAGGGGGGGAGUUCGGAGACGCCGUUCUGGAUAUGGACAGUGGUCGUUUUGGGAGCCCUCAUGAUUUGCGUCGGCAUCACGGCUGUAGCACGCCGCAUGCUGAGAAAAACGCAGGAAACACCCGAGGAAAACGCGGUCACUACCGACAGUGUGUACGCCUACAGCUACGGCGCUAUGGACUACUACAGCUGA